AUGGCUGAAGCGGCAGCACCUGAGAAAGGAAACAAAGGAACCAGCGAUAAGCAAAAGGUAAACUCAAAGUGGUUUUUUUCUUUUUUGAAUCUCAAAAACUCUCAUUCUAGGCAAAAGUCAUCGCGUGGCUAAACGGAUUGGUGGAACGACUGAAGGCGUGGACGCCCGGACACUGCCAGCAGCUGUUCGUCGAGAAGGAGCUCAUUGAGCUGUGCUUCCGAGCUCGCGAGCAUUUCUGGAAGAACAAUGUCAAACUUGAGGUGAAGAAAAUCGUUCGCCUUUAAACUAAUCAAAUUUCUCUUCAGCUCGAGGCUCCCGUCAAGAUUUGCGGCGACAUUCACGGACAGUACGAGGACUUGCUCGCUUUGCUCGAGCUCAAUGGAUGGCCGCCGGAAACGAGGUCAGUGCGAGCCCCAGAAUGGUCUCAACCGGACGCGAACACUUUCUUCUGCAGGUACCUGUUCCUGGGCGACUACGUGGACCGCGGUCCGUUCUCCAUCGAGGUCAUCUCCCUGCUGUUCGCCUUCCAAAUCCUCCAUCCGGACAAGGUUUUUCUGCUGCGUGGCAAUCACGAAUCGCGUCCUGUCAACAUGCAAUACGGAUUCUAUCUCGAAUGCCGCAAACGCUUCUCGAUCGCCCUCUACGACGCGUUCCAGCUCGCCUUCUACUGCAUGCCGUUGUGUGCAGUGGUCAGCAAGAAGAUCAUUUGCAUGCACGGAGGCAUCUCCGAGGAUCUUGUGGAUUUGAGGUGACGCUAACGAUCAGACUGUUCUGAUUUCAAGCUAUUUGGUUUGCAGACAACUGGAGAAAGUCGAGCGUCCGUGCGACAUUCCCGACAUUGGAGUCAUUGCUGAUUUGACGUGGGCGGACCCGGAAACCGAGAUCGAGGGGUACGCCGAGUCGAUGAGAGGAGCGGGACGGGUGUUCGGCGCCAAUGCGGUACGCAACUUUCUGGCGCUUCACAACCUCGAGCUCGUCGUCCGCGCCCAUCAGGUCGUCAUGGAUGGAUACCAGUUCUUUGCCAACAAACAACUAGUCACCGUCUUCUCGGCGCCAUCCUACUGCGGACAAAUGGACAACGCGGCGGCCGUGAUGAAUGUCGACGCGGAUCUGGUCAGUUCACGUUCAAAAAUUCGCGGAAAUUGUAUUUCAGGUGUGCUCGUUCACUGUGAUGCGUCCCGACUUGCGAAAAGACAAGGAGAAGAAGGCGUUGACUCCGACGAACUCUUGA